UCUCUGAGUGAAGCCCCAGUGUAGCUGUGCGCGCAGCGGCUUGUCAACAAGUCCGAGUUAGACUCUAAAAGAAGGUCAAGUAGAGGCAAAGCGGCGCCUCAGUAUACGUGUCCCCCGUCUUUUCUCAGAAAACAUUUUCAUGUGAAAGAGACAACGGCGGGGAAUAAGCCAGACAUGUCAAAUCUCAGCAAAGGCGGCACUAAGAAAGACACCAAGAUGAGGAUACGAGCCUUUCCUAUGACUAUGGAUGAGAAAUAUGUCAACAACAUCUGGGACCUCUUGAAAAAUGCCAUCCAGGAGAUCCAGAGGAAGAACAACAGUGGGCUGAGCUUUGAGGAGCUCUACAGAAACGCCUACACCAUGGUACUGCACAAACAUGGAGAGAAGCUCUACACAGGCCUGAGGGAGGUGGUCACCGAACAUCUCAUCAACAAAGUACGAGAAGAUGUGCUAAACUCCCUGAAUAACAACUUCCUGCAAACACUAAAUCAAGCCUGGAACGACCACCAGACAGCGAUGGUGAUGAUCAGAGACAUCUUGAUGUACAUGGACCGGGUGUAUGUACAGCAAAAUAACGUAGAGAACGUCUAUAAUCUGGGUCUCAUCAUCUUCAGAGACCAGGUGGUUCGUUAUGGUUGCAUCCGGGACCAUCUGAGGCAGACCUUACUAGACAUGAUCGCCCGUGAGAGGAAAGGCGAGGUGGUGGACAGGGGAGCCAUCCGUAAUGCUUGUCAGAUGUUGAUGAUUUUGGGCCUGGAAGGACGUUCAGUUUAUGAAGAGGACUUUGAGGCACCUUUCUUAGAAAUGUCUGCUGAGUUCUUCCAGAUGGAGAGUCAAAAGUUUUUAGCCGAGAACAGCGCAAGUGUGUACAUAAAGAAAGUGGAGGCACGGAUAAACGAGGAGAUUGAACGAGUGAUACACUGCUUGGAUAAAUCCACAGAAGAGCCCAUUGUGAAGGUGGUUGAGCGAGAGCUAAUCUCCAAACACAUGAAGACCAUUGUAGAGAUGGAGAACUCCGGCCUGGUGCACAUGCUCAAGAAUGGAAAGACAGAAGAUCUGGCCUGCAUGUACAAGUUGUUCAGCAGAGUACCAAACGGAUUGAAGACCAUGUGUGAAUGUAUGAGCUCAUAUUUGAGGGAGCAGGGCAAAGCUCUGGUGUCCGAGGAAGGAGAGGGCAAGAAUCCGGUCGACUACAUCCAGGGUCUUCUGGAUUUAAAGUCACGGUUUGAUCGCUUCCUCCAAGAGUCCUUUAACAAUGACCGCUUGUUCAAGCAGACCAUCGCAGGGGACUUUGAAUAUUUCCUGAACCUCAACUCUCGUUCACCAGAGUAUCUCUCGCUCUUCAUAGAUGACAAGCUGAAGAAAGGAGUGAAAGGACUGACAGAGCAGGAAGUGGAGUCUAUAUUAGACAAGGCCAUGGUACUGUUCAGGUUUAUGCAGGAGAAGGAUGUUUUUGAACGCUACUACAAACAGCAUCUGGCAAGAAGACUCCUGACCAACAAGAGCGUCUCUGAUGACUCUGAGAAAAACAUGAUCUCAAAGCUGAAGACGGAGUGUGGCUGUCAGUUCACAUCUAAACUGGAAGGCAUGUUCAGGGACAUGAGCAUCUCAAACACAACCAUGGAUGAGUUCCGCCAGCACCUCACGUCAACAGGGGUAUCUUUAGGUGGUGUUGACCUCACAGUGAGAGUCUUGACGACAGGAUACUGGCCCACCCAGUCAGCCACUCCCAAAUGUAACAUCCCCAAUUCACCAAGACAUGCUUUCGAGGUCUUUAGAAGGUUUUAUUUGGCCAAGCACAGUGGCAGGCAGCUCACAUUACAGCAUCACAUGGGUUCAGCAGACCUCAAUGCCACCUUUCAUGGGCCAAUCAAAAAGGAGGAUGGCUCAGAUAUGGUCGGUGGCGCUCAGGUCACAGGCUCAAAUACUAGGAAACACAUUUUGCAGGUUUCCACAUUCCAGAUGACAAUCUUGAUGCUCUUCAACAACAGAGAAAAAUCCACAUUUGAGGAGAUUCAGCAGGAGACAGAUAUCCCAGAGAGAGAGCUGGUGCGGGCGCUGCAGUCUCUGGCCUGUGGAAAGCCCACACAACGAGUCCUCACUAAAGAGCCCAAGUCUAAAGAGAUCGAGAGUGGCCAUGUGUUCACUGUCAAUGACCAGUUCACCUCCAGACUGCACAGAGUCAAGAUUCAAACAGUUGCAGCUAAGCAAGGAGAAUCUGACCCAGAGAGGAAGGAGACGCGACAGAAGGUCGAUGAUGACAGGAAACACGAGAUCGAGGCGGCCAUCGUUCGCAUCAUGAAGUCCAGAAAGAAGAUGCAACACAAUGUUCUAGUAGCAGAGGUCACUCAGCAGCUGAGGGCACGAUUCCUUCCAAGUCCGGUGGUCAUUAAAAAGCGUAUUGAAGGACUUAUCGAGAGAGAAUACUUGGCAAGAACGCCAGAAGAUCGCAAAGUGUACACAUACGUAGCAUGAACGAGGAGCGAAAUGAAAUCUGGCAUGAAAGGAGCGAGUGAGAGUGCGGACUCGAACGUUGAUUUGGGACAUUGUCACACACCUGACCUAGGACGUUAUUUUAUUUCUUUACUUUUCUUUGUUUUCAUUAGUACUGAAAAAAGCUGAGAAGCAAUCCUCCACAUACUAACAGACUUGUUUUAAAUUGUUCUUAGCGAUUCAUGCAAGGCCUUCCGCUGGAUCAGGUUCAACUCUGGACUUUCACAGAUGUCCUCAGACUCUAUGAGAGAAUCGAGUUAUUGUGUCCACCUAGAAUCCCUGAAAUAAAUGAGAAUAUUCAAAGGAAUUCACAGGAAAGGCGAUUAGCCGGCAUUGGAUGAAUGCUGAAGAAUGUUCAUAUCAUUAUGAAAAACCUUCCCAGAUUUGUUUAUGUCUGUGUAAAUGUGUUUGUGUCUGUGGCACCUUUGGGUGUACGGGUCGUCUGACAGGAUUGGCGACCGGCCAUCUGUGCUCGACCUGUAAGUUUGUCUAGUGGAGUUUGUAUCUGGGCGGCAGUGAGCGAUAGCGUUUGAUUGAAAGCAUGCUGUUAUUAAAAAGGUGGUUUGGCUGUCUUUUUUCUUUUCUUUUUUUUUCUUCUAGUUUUGUUUUUUCAUGUCUGACAUGGCCAAUUGUAAAGUUGACUUUAAGCGGUCCGUUGACUGCAGUUCAAACAGGAAUGGGGACUGGGGGCAGUUUCUGUUUUUCAGCAUUAUGAGAGAACUUCUGAAGCAUCAUAUUUCAUUGUGUAUAAAUUGUAAAAUAAUUGUUAUUGUACUCAAUGCUGAAGUGAACUGUACAGGGCCUUGUUUUCAUCAUUAAAUGUAGAAAAAGAAAGAAAAGG